AUGUUUACUUUGUUACUCUUUUUCAUGUCGUACGCUGUGCUGUCGUACUCCACCCAGAACGUUCACGAUCACACAUUCACACCAACUCACAUCCUUCGAGCUACAGCCCAGAACAUAACCAUCGACUGUGAAUCGCGUUACUCCGUUGUAAUCAAUGGUAGCGAUCCAGGACCCAUAAUUCGCCUACAGGAAGGCACUACUUCCUGGAUAAGGGUUUUUAAUGAUAUCAGCGACCAAAAUUUCACUAUACAUUGGCAUGGAUUGUCACAGCGGACCGCUCCAUUCUCGGAUGGUACUCCUCAAGUAGCGCAAUGGCCUAUUGCUCCCGGCCAUUACUUCGACUACGAAAUUAGACCGGAGAUUGGAGAUGCUGGCACCUACUUUUACCAUUCCCACGUUGGUUACCAGGCUAUUUCAGCACAUGGCGCGUUGAUCGUCGACGAUUUUGGGAAACCGCCAUACGAGUACGAAGAAGAUUUUACUCUUCUGAUGGGAGAUUACUACAAUCACACAGAUGAACAGAUUGUUUCCGGCCUCGAGGCAGAUCCUUUUGAUUCAGCUGGACCGGUUCAUGCCAUCGUAAUUAAUGGGCAGACAGGAAACGCUGGAUUUGCGAAUGCGAAGGACGAUUCAUGUGCUCCACAUGUCAUCAAGGUGUCUCCUAGCAAGACAUACCGACUGAGAUUCAUUGGAGGUUGUGCGAAAACGAUAGUCACUUUAGGUAUCGAAGACCACACAGAUUUCGAAAUCAUUGAGGCCGAUGGUCAAUAUACGAAAGCCGUUACCACUGAUCAUAUCAACGUCGCUCCGGGACAAAGGUUCAGUGCGUUACUUCACACGAUGUCAGAGGCCGAACUGCGAGCUGCAAAUCGGUCCACUUUCUGGGUUAGGAUGGAAAAUCGAGAGCGACGCCAAAACUGGUUUGGUUACGCUCUUCUCCAGUACGAGCCUCUGGAAGGAACGCUACCCCCGGCGCUUCCAGUUAAGUCACCUGUAACUCUGCCGCAGACAGUCUACAAUUGGAUGGAGUACGCUUUGGAGCCCCUCAAUCCUCAGCAAACAGAUGAAUUUCCUCGGGUUUCUACGCGGACUUUGCACAUUCGUGUCGCACUAACGGGGCUUUGGAACGGGAACAAGUUCACAACUGCAGCUCACUGGGCGAUGAACAAUGUUUCCUGGACAGAGAAUGUCCCAAGGUCCCCUUACAUGAUUGAUAUCUACAAGAAUGGUGAAUCUGCGAUACCCAAUUACGAAGCCGCGUUGUCGAACGGCGGCUGGGAUCCAGCAAAUUACCUUUUCGUGGCGAAAAUCGGUGAAAUCAUUGAUAUCAUCUGGGAUAACAGCAACAUUCCCGAAACCCAAUACCAUACACAUCCUCUCCACGUUCACGGUGGCCACGUCUGGGACCUUGGCAGUGGGAAUGGAACAUACGACCCUGUAGCUAACAGUAAAAAGCUAGCAGGCUUCACACCCUUGAAACGCGAUACAACCCUUCUAUAUCGUUAUUCUGUCGAUGGUGUGGCGAACACCACCACUGGGUGGCGAGGCUGGAGACUCAAGGUUGAAGACGCUGGAGUAUGGUUGAUGCACUGCCAUAGCUUACAGCAUAUGAUCAUGGAAUGUUGGGCAGGCAUGCAAACAGUCUGGGUGAUGGGCAAUGCUUCUGAGAUCACUGGGCGUUACCCGGAACCAUAUGUAUCUGGUUAUCUUGACUAUGGCGGCUCAGCAUAUGGUAAUGCGACGCACGAUCCCCUAGUAACCCAUUUCUUUCCAGAGGACUAA